AUGGUACCCGGAACCAGACUCUUGCUUGGCCAGAGCAGAGACAGGCAGUCUCUCGACAUUAUCUUGUCACCUGAACCAUCCAGCGACCCUGAUGAUCCCCUCAACUGGAGUACUCUGCGCAAGUUCCGCUCCUUCUUCGUGGUAAACCUCUAUUCCUUUAUGGUUGCCGUGGUGUCAUUGUCUACUGCUGUCACCUAUGGUGCACUUAUCGCUGAGUUUCACACCACGGCAUCAUACUUGAAUGUUGGAAGCGCCGUCUCUAUACUAUUUAUCGGAAUGGGCAAUAUUAUCUGGAAUCCCAUGGCACUUCGCUAUGGUCGCCGACCGGUCUAUAUACUCUCUUGUCUCUUGACCGGCGUCGCUCAAAUCGUUGCCGCUACUGCGCAGAGAAGCGACGUCUUUGUCGGCUCUCGAAUAUUGAUGGGCUUCGUUGCCGCGCCAUUUGAGCAGCUUCCCGCCGUGACUGUAAAUGAUCAGUUCUUUGUCCAUCAGCGAGGCUUUGCCUUGUCGAUAUCCUUCCUUGGGCCUCUUGCCACGGGCUUCAUCGUCGAUGGAGUUGGCUGGCGAUGGGUAUACUGGAUCUUUGCCAUCGCAAUGGCGCUCGUCUCGAUUCUGGCAUUCUUCCUUUUAGAGGAAACUGGUUACACUGCUGUCGGUCUCACGAGUCUGUCGCCCCUCGUCGGCAGCAUGGUCCUCUUUUACGUAGGAGGAGCUGGAACGGAUCGUUUCAUGAUCUGGCAGGCCCGCCAAAACAAUGGCGUCAUGGAACCGGAAUCACGCAUCUACUCCGCGUUGGUGGCGGGACCCAUUAUGGGCGCUGGGCUUGUUCUCUACGGAGUCGGAGCUUCUUCCGGGCUGCCAUGGAUUGUGCCAGUCGUCGGAAUGGGGCUCAUUGGAGCAGGAAUCCCAAUUGCGGGAGAAGUAUCACUGGGUUAUCAAAGAGCCGAAAUAUUUAACGAAUAUUGGCGUCCCUGUAGGCCACCACCGAUAUCUAGGGAUUAG